AACUCGUCAAUGCGGUGUUUGAAGAGAUGACAACAUAUGGUUCAAGCACAAGAAGGAGAAACAGUGGAUGCAAAAUCCAAAGCGAAAGGCUACAUGAGACAACUGCAACGGAAGAAUAUCUUGACGUUCAUGCUCUUCCUGUAUGAUGUUGUCGUGGUUCUGUCCAAGAUAUCCCUCAAAGCGCAGAUAUCAUCAUCAACUGUUGCCGAUGUUGCAGCAUCCAUUCAUGCCGCAGAAACCGCACUUGGAAUGUACAAGGAAAGGAAGUCAACGCCCAGUAUGCUGGAAUUUGAAACAUACUUCCAGUCUGAAGACUUGACAGCCUCACUGUCAGGCAGCACCAACAUCGAGACUCAUCUGACUAAGAUGCUGGAGGGCCUGAAGAACCGUCUGGAAGGCAGAUUUGAUGACAUGCAGAAUGGGGUCUGCAAAGCACUGAAGAUAGCCAGCUUCAACUUAUGGCCAGAAGACGACAAACUGCAAGACUAUGGCAAUGAAGAAGUUAAGACUUUAGCUGGCCAUUUCCGUAGAGGCCUGGCUGCUGCAGGUGUUGACACAACAAAGGUUGGCGUGGAGUGGGAACUUCUAAAAGCAAGACUGAACUCUAAGUCAGAUUUGAAUAACUUCAAGAAAAACAGUUUGCCUUGGUCAAGCAUCAUCCCAACAGUGAAAGAGGAGUUGCCUAACAUCUGUGCCAUUCUCGAUUUGGUGCUUACCAUCCCGGCAAGCUCUGCAGAAGCCGAGCGGGGAUUUAGCAGGCUGAAAAAUCUCAAGACCACAAUGAGAACUUGCCUGAAGGAUGACAGGGUGACCGAUCAACUGUUGAUCAUGUUGCACUCUGAAGAAAUCUCAUCAUUCGAUCCUCAUCCUGCAAUAUCCUUGUGGCAUGCUGGAGGGAUGCGGGCCAGGAGACCAGAAUAUCAUCGCAGACGCUGUCAUGCAUCAUCAGCUGCAAGUUGUUCUGGGAACCAUGACAGCGAUAGUGAACAGGAAUUUGAAGCAGAGUAUUCCUCUGAUCAUGGUGGGAGUUAUAUUGGCGACAUACAAAGCGAUGACCAUCAUGAUGACUUUGAGUCUGACUCAGACUGAUGGAUCAAAAGUGACUGUGAGAGUGAUUCAUUUGAAAUCUCUCCAUAAUAUGACACACAUGAAUUUCAAAGUCAACUGAGUGUCAUCUGUGUUAGAUAUGAAACUAGUAGCAAAUUAAAGUAUAUCGGACUUUGUUGUUUUUAUUUCAGCUAACUUUGGACAAACAAAAACUGAAGUGAUUCAUGAAUCCAAAUAUCCAACUUGAACAUUUGCUUCCAAGACAAUUUACUCAUAAUAAAUGCUAACUUUACACUAAGGUCUUAUUGCCACCGGACCUAAGGAUUAUGAUUCAUGGUCACAAGUUUUGAUCAUAAUUUACAUGUAAAGCCCAACUUUAGUUUUGGGAAUUUUUUUGUUUAUUUGAAAGCUUUAUGGGGGGACUCUGAGAUUUUUUGCUAUAUUUUACAUUAUAGCAUC